AUGCGGCGAGGAGCCAGGGUGUGGGGUAUUGCACCGCGGCUCGCGCGGGAGGCAGGGACGCGGCACGCGUCAGGCGGCCGAAUCCAGAGGCACUAUGUCAUCUUCGACGAGAUGCGGCAGGCGCUGUCGAACAUGACGAAGCAGGGCCGCGAGGAGGUCUCCAAGAGCAUCGGCGCCACGCUGCGGCCGCUCGAGAAGAACCUGCGCGACAACGCGGCCGCGCACCGCAACCUCCUGCUCGCGCAGGCCCGGCACUUCCGCGAGCACCUCAAGCAGACGCUCAGCGAGCUCGUCCUCGACCAGCGCCUCGUCCUGGAGAGCCGCUUCAUCUCGGCGCUCGCCUUCGCGUACGUCGACCCCGCCGCGCGGCACCUGGGGUCCUGGGUGCUGCCCGCCCUCGGGUCCGAGGUCUACAGGUGCACGGACCCUGCGUACCGGAACUCGCACCCCGGGGAGCGCAUCCUGCGGCUCCCGGAGUGCUACCAGGAGGAGGCGUCGCCCCCCAGCGCGUUUGGGAAGUGGUGGGCCUACGUGACCGACGAGCUGGUCCUCAUCGGCAGGGCGAUCUUCCUCUCCUGCCUCUUCACGCCGCUCGCCGUCACCGCCCCCCUCGCCCUGCACUUCUACCCCUCGCUGCGCCCGCGGUGGGUCGCGCUCCUCCGCUGGACGCUCGAGAUGGCAGGGCCCGCCUUCAUCAAGUGGGGGCAGUGGGCGUCGUCGCGGCCGGACCUCCUCCCGCGCGACAUCUGCACCUCGCUCGCGGGCCUGCACUGCGACGCGCCGUCGCACAAGUUCGCCCACACCCGCCGCGUCGUCGAGAAGGCCUUUGGACGCCGCCUGGAACACCUCUUCGCGGAGUUCGACGAGGCGCCCGUCGCGUCCGGAAGCAUCGCGCAGAUCCACAGCGCGACGCUCAACGAGGCCGGCGCCGCGCUCACGGGCCUCCCGGAGGGCACCAAGGUCGCUGUCAAGGUGCUGCACCCGGGCGUCACGACCCUGAUGGAGCGCGACUUCCACCUGAUGGAGCGCGUGGCUGCCAUGGCGUCGCGGUCGACCUACCUGGAGUGGAUGCGCCUGGAGGACUCGAUCAAGCAGUUCGGCGCGCCGAUGCGCGAGCAGCUCGACCUCGCGCUCGAGGCGGAGUCCCUCCGGCGGUUCAACGAGCACUUUCGGCGCUGGCGCUCGGUGUCCUUCCCCGUGCCGCUGUACCCGCUGGUCGCCACCGCCGCGCUCGUCGAGUCCUUCUGCGAGGGCUCCUCGAUCGUCCCGCUCCUCGAGGCGACCGACCCCGGCCCGUUCAACAAGGAGCUCGCGCAGGUCGGGCUCAACUCAUACCUCCAGAUGCUGCUGCGCGACAACUGGGUGCACGCCGACCUGCACCCGGGCAACCUGCUCGUGACGGUGCCGGAGAUCAAGGUCUCGCGCCCGCUCGCCACGCUCCGCCGCCUCGCGUCGUGGAACCCGCCCGUGCGCAUGGUCUUCCUGGACGUGGGCAUGACGGUGGAGCUCGAGGAGCAGACGCAGCGGGACCUGGUGGACUUCUUCCGGUACUGCGCGGCGCUCGACGGCGAGCACGCGGCGCGGUCGAUCCUGCGCCUGUCGAACGGCCCGCAGACGUGCGCCAACCCGGAGAAGUUCGUGACUCAGGUCAAGGAGCUGUAUGACGGGCUGGACGAGGAGUGGCUGCUCACGCACGCGUCGGACGUCUUCAUGGACGUCAUGGACAUCAUCCGGACCAACCGCGUGAACCUCUCCCCCAAGGUGUCGAGCAUCGUGAUCUCCACCUUUGUGCUCGAGGGCUGGGCCAACAAACUCGACCCCAACCUGCGCAUCCUCGAAACCCUGCGCGAGAUGCUGCCGCAGCCCUGGGCCGCGCGCAUGCCGCGCGCCGUCGACCGCGUCAUGCGCUCCUGGGGGCUCCCGACGUAG